UUCCUAGAACACAGAGCUAUUAUUGCAGAAGGCUUCAAGCUUCUCUGAAUUGGUUUGUUACGGGCCAAUUUUCUUGAUCUCUUUUAUGCCUCAGUUCGGGAUCAGAGCAUUGCCAAAAGUCAAAAUAAAUUCAUUUACGACUAUGAGUCUGUGACCGUGACCCAGCACUCACAUUCAAUGUCAUUCCAUUUCUACUAGCCAUAAAUUGUAGAAGAAUCCAAAGUUGAUACUGCUUCUUUUGCGACCUUUUUGAUGACCUUUCUUUUUUACCUGUUCAUCUUUCCUUUUCACUAUCUCCCAGUCGUGCAGGGGAUGAAUAUUAAGGACGACUUUGGGGGUUUGUCAAACUUGAAAAACUAAGUGACUAACAAGAAGUCAAGAACAAAGAGGAAGGAGGGUGAAAGAAAAAUGGAUGUGAGGACUAGGAGAGCGAGGGAAAGCAGCCCAGACAGGGCCAAAGUUUGCAUGCAGCCAAAGGUCCUGAAACCCAUCAGAAAAGUUCGAGUUGUUUACUAUCUGACUAGAAACGGCCAGCUUGAGCAUCCUCAUUACAUGGAAGUCACCCAUUUGGUGAACCAACCACUUCGUUUGAGAGAUGUAAUGGAAAGACUCACAGCUCUCAGAGGCAAAGGAAUGCCCUCUCUUUACUCUUGGUCUUGCAAAAGGAAUUACAAGAAUGGUUAUGUAUGGAAUGACUUAGCAGACAAUGACAUCAUUCCUCCAUCAGAUGGAGCUGAAUAUGUACUCAAAGGCUCGGAAUUGGUUGAAGGUUGCUCUGAAAGAUCACAGCAACUGCAGAUCAGCAACAGGGUUCCAUAUUUUCAGGAACCAAGCCUUCAAGCCAAACAAAAAUCCCCAACUUUUACACUGACUCGACACAGGGGAGCCCAAGAAGUAGAGAGGAGAGCAUGUGAAGAGCAAGAAUUCGAUGAAGAGGAAGAGGAAGAGGAAGAGGAAGAGUAUGAAUUGGAUGAGGAGAAGACAUCUUACACAAGUUCAACAACUCCCCACUCUCGCUGCUCAAAAGGGGUUUCUACUGAUGAACUUGAAGACCAAGAAACCAGUAACCAAGAACCUCAAAAAACAAUCUCUCAGCCAGCUCAACAAGACGCUUCACUUCUAUCACAAUCUUCCAUCCUCUUUGAAAAACAAAACGAAAGCAAAAUCAGCAUUUCCAAGAGGUUUGAAGAUGGCGACCCAGUUGCCACUGGGUCAGCACCAAGUCGUAACUCGGUUCUGCGUCAACUUAUUGCAUGUGGGAACUUGGCUGUUAAUAAAACAAAGAACGUGCCUACUAUGAAGCAACCGGUCGUAACAAACAAUGUGGUGAAGAAGAGUGAAAAUUUGCAUAGAGUGGUUCUUUCUAAGAGUGCAGUGAAGGUUGCUGAAGAUGAUCAGAUGAUAAACUUCAUGUCAGAGAAUCCAAGGUUUGGGAACUUACAGGCUGAAGAGAAGGAGUAUUUCAGUGGCAGCAUUGUGGAAUCAAUGAAUUCUGAGAACCGAAUCGUGGCUGAGCCAGUGCUCAAAAAAUCUAAUUCCUACAAUGAAGAAAGGAGCUGCAAGGCUGGACUGAGUGAAACAGUCGAAGAGGAGAAAAAAGACAAGUCAGUAAAAGGGAAAUGUAUCCCUAGGAAGAAAUCAUCCAAGCAAAACCAGAAAAUGAGGGCUGACUAG